UUUUGUUUUUGUUUUUCUUUGCUUAAACCGGAGAGACACCCUCUCCAUAAAUUUAGUUUUGAUCCGUCUGGGUUCCUUGAAGAAAAUAAAAACCAAUUCCAUUCAUAUUCUUCUUCAUACGUUGAUAAGAAUCCUUACGAGGACGAGAUCUUCCUAACGUCUUUGAUCUUCUUCAAUAGGAGAUAAUUCUGAUUUGGUCGAAGAUGUUGGGAGAUUUCAUCAUCAGACUCCUUGUAUUAAUAUUAGGGUACACAUACCCAGCAUUCGAAUGCUUUAAAACGGUGGAGAAGAACAAAGUUGAUAUCGAGGAACUCAGAUUUUGGUGCCAAUACUGGAUACUUUUGGCGCUAAUUUCAUCAUUUGAGAGGGUUGGCGAUUUUUUUAUCUCAUGGUUACCGUUAUACGGAGAGAUGAAAGUAGUCUUUUUCGUAUAUCUCUGGUACCCUAAAACAAAGGGAACGAGACAUGUAUAUGAGACAUUGUUGAAGCCAUACAUGGCUCAACAUGAGACAGAGAUUGACAGAAAGAUUAUGGAGUUGCGAGCUCGAGCUUGGGACUUUUUCAUCUUCUACUUCCACAACUUUGCCCAGGCUGGUCAAUCGACCUUGAUCCAGGGUUUUCAGUACGUACUCGCCCAAUCGGUCCGGUUCUCUGCCGCUGCAGCUAACCAACCGCCGAUGGAGCGGAACGUGAACAUGAACGCCCAGUCACCGGUGGAGAUGGACAAUGAUCCGCCGUCACCGCGUGCUCCAAGACCGCUGAACAAAUCACUAUCUGCGUUGCGAUCGCUAGAGAAGCAAACAAGCAGAGGGAGGAAGUGGCCACCACCAACACCACCACCAACACCAGGCCGAGACUCAGCCGGGACAUUCAACGGUGAAGAUGGAGUCAACAUUCCCGAUACAAUUCCGGGAUCACCCCUGACCGAUGCUCGAGCUAAGCUCCGACGUUCUAACUCCAGAACUCAGCCCGCGGCAUAGUAACGUAAACGUACAUAUACGUGACUCGACAAAGAAACCCUUUUCGACUUGUUUAAAGAUAUAUAGGGAAAGAAAAGUGAAUGAAAGUUUUGAAUUGAAGCAAAACAGAUUGAUUUAUUUUUUCGUGUUUUUUUGUAAAUUGAAGCAGUAAGUAUUAAUACAGCGAGAAUAUUUGU